CCCACUCGAAAUAACAUUCAUACAUUCACGAUAUAGUGAAUCUCGAAAGUUAUUCAAUUAUCAUCUUUUUUGGCACUCUUUCACUAGAUUGUCAAAUUAACAUUCAUUGAACAGCUGUCGCUCAUCUUUUUAAGGCUAGCUGAUUUGUUUGGGAUCGUCUCGAAUUAAAUCCUCGAUCUAAUUAACCUCGACUUUUGAUUUCGCCACGUAAUUCUCACUAUAAUUAGGCAACCUUCUCCAACUCUUCGUUCUUGAAAUUGUCGACAAAAUCAAACACCAAGAUGGCACCAAAGAAGAAGAACAAUAAGAAGCAGAACGAUGACUGGGAGGCGGAGCUAGGAGAGACCGUUGAACCUGUCAAGGCAACGGAACCCGAUGCCGACGCUGCGGAGGCUGAUCCUGAGGAGGAAUUUCCUGCAGGAGGUCUCAUGGCUAUGAUGCGCAAGAAGCAAAAGAAAGGCAAAAAGGGAAAGCAGAUGGAAGAUUUCGUUGAGGGAGAGGACCCACCAGCCGCCGGUGAACAACCUCAAGAUGAUUUCGCCGACAAAGCUCCCGUUGAAGCUUCAAUAGAUGAUGAAUUCGCCUUGCCAGAGAAGAAAGGAAAAGGAAAGAAUGCGCAAGCCAAGCCUGCAAAGAAUGACGAUGCAGGAGAUGAUGAAGUGGGUGCGGAUGGAAAAAUGCUCACAAAAGCGCAAAAAGAAAAGUUGAAGAAGGAGAGAGAAAAGCAGAGGAAAAAGGAACAAGCGGCUUUGAAAAAGAAGACCACUCCAGGUGGAAAGGCUGCCGAGCCUGAGAAGCCAGUCGAGGCAGAGAAACCCGUCGAGGCCGCACCGACUCCCGCUCCAGGUGGGAAAGGCAAAAAGAUUCCAGCUGCUCUUGCAAAGCUACAAAAACAACAAGAGGAACUGAGAAAGCGGGAAGCUGAAAGAGCCGCUGCCAUUGCAGCGGAGAAGGCUCGAAUCGAAGAAGAGGAACGCCGAGAAGCUGAAGAGGAGAAGAAGCGUGAAGAGGCCAGAGCCUUGCGAAAACAAAAGGAGAAGGAGAAGAUUGAACAACAAAAGAGAGAGGGUACCUAUCUCACUAAGGCUCAACGAGAAGAGAAAUUGCGAAAUGAAAUGAAACUAAAGCAAAUGAUCGAUGCCGGUGUAAAGGUUGGAGGUGGAGAGGGCGGAGAAAAGAAAAAGGUUGUUUAUGGCAACAAAAAGAAGGGCGUAAAGAAGAAUCCCGCCGAGAUUAAGGCAGAUGAAGAGAGAGCCCUUGCCGAGGCCGCUGAACGCGCGAAGAAGGAAGCCGAGAGAAUCGCCGCUGAGGCCGCAGCUAAAGCAGAGAAAGAAGCUGCCGAACAAGCCGCCAAGCAAACUAAAGAGGACAGCGAGCUAGAAGAUUGGGAGGUAGCUGCUGACGAAGAAGAUGAGGAUGUCAAAGAUAGCUGGGAUGCGGAUUCUGAGGAAGAAGGCGAGAAGAAGGCUGCCUCUUCCUUACCAGUUAGGAAGAAGGAGCAAGAAGAUUCUGAUUCUGAAUCUGAUUCAGAAGACGAAGAUUCAUCCGAUGACGAAGAAGCCACAGCGAGAGAAUUGGCCGAACUCAAAAGAAAGAAUGAAGCCGCGGAAAGAAAACGAAAGGCACACGAAGCAGCAUUGGCGGCUAGAUCAAAGGAUAACUUGCGAUCCCCCAUUUGCUGUAUUCUUGGACACGUCGAUACUGGAAAGACCAAGCUUUUGGACAAGAUUCGACAAACUAACGUGCAGGAAGGAGAAGCUGGAGGUAUCACGCAACAAAUUGGUGCGACUUACUUCCCAGUUGAGGCUAUCAGGAAGAAGAUUGCAGUAGUGAACAGAGAUGAGAGCUUCGAUCUCAAGGUUCCUGGUCUCUUGGUGAUCGAUACACCUGGUCACGAGUCUUUCUCUAAUUUACGUUCCCGUGGUUCAUCACUUUGUAACAUUGCCAUUCUUGUUGUCGAUAUUAUGCACGGUCUCGAGCCUCAGACUUUGGAAUCGAUGAAACUUCUUCGGGAUAGAAAGACACCUUUCAUUGUUGCUCUUAACAAAAUUGAUCGUCUAUAUGGCUGGAAGAAGGUUGAUAACAACGGAUUCCAAGAGAGUUUGGCACUUCAAAACAAGGGUGUACAAAACGAAUUCGCAAAGCGUCUCGCAGAUACAAAGGUUGCUUUUGCCGAACAAGGAUUUAACGCUGAAGUUUUCUACGAGAACAAAUCUAUGGCCAAGAAUGUUUCCUUGGUUCCUACGUCAGCUCACACUGGUGAGGGUAUUCCAGAUAUGCUCAAGUUAAUUCUCCAACUCACCCAAGAGCGUAUGGUUGGUGCUUUGAUGUACCUUUCGGAAGUUCAAUGUACUGUCCUUGAGGUCAAGGCUAUCGAAGGUUUCGGUAUGACUAUCGAUGUCAUUCUAUCCAACGGUAUCCUCCGAGAGGGUGAUCGUAUUGUCGUAUGCGGUGUAGAUGGAGCUAUUACAACAAAUAUCCGAGCUCUACUAACACCAGCUGAGAUGAAGGAACUUCGUCUUAAAUCUCAAUAUGUCCACAACAAGGAGGUCAAGGCCGCUCUCGGUGUCAAGAUCUCUGCACCUGGUCUCGAAGGCGCUAUUGCAGGUUCGAGAUUGAUGGUUGUUGGUCCUGACGAUGACGAGUCGGAUGUCGAGGCUGAGGUUGAGUCCGAUCUUGGUGCACUCUUUAGUCGAGUUGAGAAAUCUGGACGUGGUGUCACCGUUCAAGCAUCUACUCUUGGAUCUUUGGAAGCUCUUCUAGAUUUCUUGAAGGUAUCCAAGAUUCCUGUUGCCAACGUCGGUAUUGGUCCAGUUUUCAGGAGAGAUGUAAUGAAUUGUGGUACUAUGCUUGAGAAGCAAAAGGAAUACGCGGUCAUGUUAUGUUUCGAUGUUAAGAUUGAUAAGGAGGCACAACAAUACGCCGAUGAUCAAGGCAUCAAGAUCUUUACUGCAGAUAUUAUCUAUCAUCUUUUCGAUUCCUUCACCAAGCAUAUGCAGAUUAUUGCUGAGGCAAAGAAGGAAGCCUCUAAGCUUUUGGCCGUCUUCCCUUGCGUUCUUAAACCAGUAGCUGUCUUCAACAAAACCGGCCCUAUUGUUAUCGGUGUCGAUGUUGUUGAAGGAAAUCUCAGGUUGCACACCCCUAUAGCCGCUGUUAAACAUAACUCAGUCACUGGUAGCAAGGAGAUCGUGGGUAUUGGAAGAGUCACAUCCAUUGAACGUGAUCACAAGCAACUUGAAAAGUGCAAGAGGGGAGAACCUUCCGUUGCUAUCAAAAUCGAAAUGGGCAGUUCACAACCGACAUAUGGUAGACACUUGGAGGAAUCUGAUACAUUGUACUCAUUGAUUAGCAGAAAGAGUAUCGAUACCCUGAAGGAGUUCUACAGAGAUGAAGUCAAGAAAGAUGAGUGGGCGCUGAUGGUGAAGUUGAAGCCACUUUUCGAUAUCUCUUGAGUGGAUUAAUGGUAGAUGGUGAAAAGAAUAUUUGUGUGUAUUAUACAUGAGCCAUUUAAACUUUGCCCCUCAAUGUACAUGCUUUACUUAAAAGUCAAAUGAUUAUACCCCUG